AUGCAGUACGGAAGCAUCGACAACUACCCAGGCGAUAGGAAAACAACCUCCCAAUCACAAGGCUCGACACCCGAAACACCAAUUAAAUCAAGCAAAACAACCUCAAAAGCAGCUGGAAAGAAGCCUGUAAGGGACACCUCAGUUUCCCAGCAUCGGAAAACGAAGGCGCCGAGGAGAGCGCAGCAGGAAGACCCUUGGGUGGAGUCCAGCAAAAGGCCCGGCCCUCGUGGAGGACAAUCUUCCGGUGCUUGUGAUAUUUAUGAGGAGAGAAGAGGUCGGCCACGGCUUAGGUUGCACGAACAGGAGAAAGAGCACUUGAGAGAACAAGAGCUGAAGCAGGAGGAGAAAAGGGAGAGAGAUUUUGAUACAAAAAGAAUAUUGCAAGGCGUGGGAAGAGAUUCGCCAGGUAAAUAAAUUGGCCGCUUGAUUA